AAUUUCGUUUUGCGAUUUGCGACUUUUGCGUAAUAAAAUCGUAAAUAAAGUUGGAUUGGAGGAAUCAUAUGUUCACGAAUUUGCUAUUUUCUUGAUUUUAUAAUUUUAGUUCUCGGAUAUAAUUAUUUCAUCAAUCAGUAUGGGUGGAAAACAUAAGAUGGCAAAUCGAACAAAAAAUAAUGUCAGGCCAUCCAGUAGUGGAAGAAGUGCCGAGUUUUUGGGGUCUACAAUGGUUCCAUUUGUGGGCUUCUCAACUAUGAAAGAUUCAACAUUUGGUUUCUCUCUAUCAACAACUGAAGAAUUGGACUCCUCAAUAGAUCCAAAUAUUCAAGUUAUAUUCAAGAAACUAUCAAAGAAAGAUUCAACCACGAAAAUAAAAGGGCUCCAGGAACUAGCAGAUUUAAUAAAAAACUCUGACCAGGAUACUGUGAAGGCAGUGUUGCCCUUAUGGCCUAGGUUCUACAAUGUUUUUGUUACUGAUAUUGACAAUCGAGUCAGAGAAGCCACACAUAGUGUCCACCAUCAGAUCAUUUUGAAAGCCAAGCGCAACAUUGCCCCAUUUCUGAAACAGCUAAUGGCACCCUGGUUCACAUCACAGUAUGACCCUUAUCCACCUGCUGCUAGUGUUGCUUCACAGGCACUCAAGGAUGCAUUCCCACCUAACAAAAUUCAAGAGGCAAUUGCAUAUUGCCAGGAAGAAAUUCUGCAUUACUUGAGUGAUAACUUAUUUAUACAAACUCCUCAAACACUGUGCAACAUGAAACAUGUUUCUGCUGAAGAAGCAGAUGCCAAAUAUGAAAGAGUUCUUAUAUCUUGCCUCCAGGGAUACCAAUUUUAUUUGGAAAAAGUUUCUGUAGAACAAAUACAGAAUGUAGUUGAAUUGAAUAAUAAUAUAGUGGGCAAUAGUAAAUUUUGGAAAUUUGGGAAAAAUAAAGUAGCCUAUAUCAGAGCAACUUGGUUCAAAUUGAUAUCAAUCAUUUGCCAGAAAGCUCCAUUUCUAUUAGAUGGUAAAGGUGCUCAAGUUACUGGAAGUGUUUUUGGUAAUUUGGAGGAGAGUGAUCCAACAGUGUUACCUAGUGUUUGGGAAGCUGCCCUCUUAACAAUGUCUACUAUAGAGAAUUGGUGGACUUUCAUCAAUGUUGAUAAAGUGUUUUAUCCAAAAUUGUGGAAAAUACUAAAACAAGGGGGCCAAGGCAAUGCUGCAGUAAUUUAUCCAAGCUUACUUCCUGUACUCUCCCAUUUACUUCCAAUUGUAAAUGAUAGUUCAUCUGAAUUUUAUGAUAAGUUUUUUGAAAAUUUAAGAUUGGGUAUGAGACAGAAAACCACAAUUGCCAGCAAAUCUGAAUCAAUUGCAGUAGCUACUGCAUAUGUAGAAUGUUUUCAGUUCAUAAUCCUGAGAAAACAAGACAAGGAACACUUCUGUAAAACAAUGAUUAAAACCCAUUUGCUGACUGUAAUUGAAUGGUGUCUUACAGAAGACCACCUGAGCUGUAAGACUAUUUUCAGUAAAGUAGGGGCUUUGGUACAGUUUUUGAGUAGAAAUUCAGAAACUCCAGCUCUGACUUCAUACCUAGACUUUCUUUUUGAAAGUGUCAGGGAUUUGUUCAGAGAGACACUAUUCAAUUUGAAGGAGAAUCCUGACUACCAACCUGAAUAUGUUUCAAGCAAACAGUUAGAGUUCCUUAGGUUUCUCAAGUCCUCUGGUAAACCUAAGAAGCAAUUCAAGGUUAAGUUUAUUAGUGAUGAUGUUGACUCCAAGGAAGACAAGCUAGGCCAUUUACCUUCAAUUAUAGAAUCAGAUAAGAAAUAUCUUGAUAAACUCAAUGUUCUUGUCUACAAAGUCUGCCAGGACUAUGUGGAAUAUAUCCAGGAGAAACAAUCCACUAUAUUAUUUGAACAACUCUGGUCACUGAUCAUAGAUUUUGACAGUAAUAUUUUCUUUGUUAACCUCAAUGAAAAAAUGAGGCAUAAGAAUCCAGAUUCCAGACUUGUAGAUAUUUAUUAUGAUUUGUUGCACAAUUGGAUGAUAUCAGAGACCCAAUGUUGUAAACGUGUGAUGAGCUUGACUUUUUUGCUGUUGCUGUAUGUUGAAAAUGAUGAAAAACUGAGGAUAUUGGAAACACUUUCAGAGGUUCCAAAUGAGCAGUGCUUGAGUUGGGCCAUUUCUGAAGCGUUAGCCCAUCCCCAUAACAAAGAUCCUAUUAUCCACAAUUGGUUGAAAACUGAAAGGGUUUCAGAUUUUCUAGUGUCAAUCGUCGAUUUGGAAAUCAAUGACAAAUGCCCUCCAGAACUGGGAAUUUUAUUGAAAUUGGCUCUGACGGAAAAUGAUGAAGGAGAACUCUUCGUUGAGAGUACAGCAAUCGCAAAAAUAAUCGACAAACUCGUACAAGUAUUGAAAAAUCACCCUGACCACCCAAUAACUGCAGACUCCUGUGCCAGCUUAGCUGCAUACGUCUCGGCGAUAGUCUACACGGAAACCCUCCUCCUUUCCUACAACGAUACUCUUCUGUUGGCUCUCUUUCAUCUCUCCUGCAACUCCCAAAUUGACAACGACAUCAUUUCCGAAGAAACCAUGUACGAGGUGAAUAGCGCCUGGCAAGAUGCCCUGUCGCUCCUUGCGAAAGCUCUUCCUAGAGAAGACAGCUUGAAGCUAACCUCAAAGUUGGCAGAAGUUGUCAAGCGGGAGUUUUCGGCUAUCGAUCUGGAAGAGAACAAGUUGAACCAUCUUGUUGUUGUCGACGUCAAUGCUUUGAGGGCUAUAUACAGGAGUCUACCGCUUGCUCUAUCAGAUUUUAUUCGCGUUUUCUUGGACAACAGCUUCCUCAAGUCAUGUGGUGAAUACAUCAUUGAUAUUUGUAUGGUGGCUGAAUAUGUAAGGGGGGAAUUGUGUAGCCCCUAUGAGGAUAUCAAGGUUAACGCAGUUCACAAAAAAGCUGAUGGUGACAAGAAUGAAGCCAAGUAUUUUGCGUGGACUUAUCUGACACUAGCAGUUUUAUCUUCGAAAUUGGAGGAGGGUGCUGAAUAUGAUGAAGAAGAGGAGGAAGACGGUAUUGAAGGGGAUAUUGAAGAGAGAGCUGUGAUUUUGAAUGUUAUCGACUAUAAUGAAGGUUAUUUGGGUCAAGUCUUGCACGAUCUUGGCGUUGGACAAUCAUAUCUGGCAACCUACAAAAAUACAAAAUGUUACGAUCAAAUAUUGAACUAUUAUGUCCUCAUCGAAGCAAAACUGAAAACCACAUUAGAACUCAUGGACGAUACUUUCAAAGCGCAGUUGAAAGCCACUAUAAGAGAUAAAUCGACCAAACUCGGCUGGUUUUGGGCCAAAUCUGCUUACAUUCUGUACACGGACAUAUCUCCCGAACCUCUCACCGACAUUUACGCUGAAUUCGUGCAACAGAGGACUGGUACAUGUACUUUAGGUGCUCUCCACCUAACCCAAGUGUUCAGUAAGCAUCUCGACUACGAUCUGGUUCGAUACAGUUUCGAUGCUAUCGGUGACGUCAUCGUGCUGAAUAGUCUGAUUCGUUGUGAGGACAUCGAUGUACAAAUUGCGGAAGUUUUCACUAAAAUAGAGAGGAUCAGGAAUGAAAAUGUGCCCAGGUUUUCCUAUGCCGUUAGCAAUAUCUCCUGGGAGAAGACUCAAGAAAUCAUUGAAAUAGUUCGAUUAUGUUCGUCUCUGAUGAAGUAUAAGUUCAAUUCCCUCAGUCAAAGACAUUGGGAUUUUGCAGUUCUGUCUCUUGUUGGUUGGGCAUCCAACUGUUUGAAGACAAGAGCAGCUCAUGAUAAAUAUCAAUUUCAGGCUCUGUUGGUAGCAGUCAUGAAACUGUACGUGAACGUUGAUAACCAAAUCAAAGAAAUACAAAAUCAGUCUGUGAAGAGUAAUUUCAUUGAAGAAUGGAAAGACGUUCUUGUUGAAAGUAUUCACUGCGAUCUGGCUCAAUUUUGGUUGUAUUUGGCUGAACAACUGGAGCAGAAAACCGAUUCAAUAACGUACUUACCUCUGGUACAAGAAUUCGGAUCUUUCCUAAACAACACGUACUACGAAUACAUUUUCAAAACUAACGAUACGUCGUUACCGAAAUGGACGAAAUUCUUGAAAAGAUGCUGUUCCCUGCUGGUGAAUCGUCAGCCGAAUCUGCAGCUUUGGGGGUACAAGAUGCUGAUGAAUUUGGUACCUGGUCUCGUGAAAAUUGACAUGGAAGCGGUGAAUACGAACACGCCACACAAGAAGGGCCUCAUUUUCGAGCAGUUUAAAGAAAAAUUGGUCCAAACACAUGAAAUUGUCGAUAGCAUGCUUAUGGAAUUCAGGUUGGGAGAAGAUAUUUGUAGAGUAGAACCAUCCACAGAUUCGUUCACGUACUGUUUCGCCUAUUUGUUACUUUGGGAUAUUCUCCUGUCACUCUGUGAUCAGUCUUCCACCGAAUUACGUUUCCAAUAUGUCGACUGGCUGAGGAAUGAAGAUUUGCUGAAAAACUUCCUAAACAAUUUAUUCAGACUAAUGCCCACAUCAGUUUCGAGAAAAGUGAUAAAGGAUUCGUUUUUGAGGAAACCCGAGAUUGAUAUAACAGAUACCUGCGACAGCGAGAAAAUAGAAUCAUUGGUGUGCUGGCUGUAUUCGUCUUCGUUGACACAACUACCUGCCCUCGUACGACAAUGGUGGACCAGUUUGGAUAGCAAACUGUCCCAAAUGGUGGAGAAAGUGACGCAAACAUUCGUCUCCGGAAACUUGGUGACACAGGAAUUGAACGAGUUGGUGUCCAAUCAGAGUAAAUUCAAGAACAUGACAUUGAGAGUUAUUCCUGGUAGCAGAGAAGUGGUGGCGACUUACACCGUAGACGAAUCGCAAGUGGAACUGCUGAUCAAGUUGCCUGCAAACUAUCCUCUGGGGAUGCUGGAGGUGCAUUGCAACAAGCAAAUAGCCGGAGCCGCCCACAAACAGUGGAUACUUCAGUUCAAAAAAAGUGUCGUUCACCAGAAUGGUAGGAUAUGGGAUGGACUGUCCCUAUGGAAUAACAAUUUGGACAAGAAAUUCGACGGUGUGGAGGAAUGCUACAUCUGUUUUGCAGUUCUGCAUCCGGGGACCUAUCAGAUGCCGAAGUUGUCUUGUCAGACAUGCAAGAAAAAAUUUCAUUCAGCCUGUUUGUACAAAUGGUUCAGGACCAGCUACAAGAGUUCCUGUCCUAUAUGUCGAAACUUAUUUUAACUGUUAUACAAACCAAUUAUUUUUAUAUGAUUAUUCAAGCCUGAAUUGAAUAUAUUAUUUAUUAUACAGAUCAUUUUUUCUCUCUCAUCAUCUGGAUCCGAGCUAUAGAGAAAGUGUGGAUUUAUGCAGCGUCAUUUAACAUGUAUCAUUUAACAAUUAUCAUUUAUCAUGUAACAUGUAGAAUGUUGGCCAACUUUUAACUUCUUACAUUAAAUGAACCAGAUUUUCCUAUUGUGCGCAACCUUGUACGCAAAUUAUCUCGGAUUGGUCCGCCCGGUAAUGAUAUUAACCUAAAAAUUAAAUGUCAGGCCGUCAACAGCAUCAUCAGGACAAAAAGCGCUUCUGCCUCUUCCAUUUCAGGAAACAAAUGUUCAUAUGUUUAUAACAUUUGAUAAUGUAUUAUUUUUUUUUUUACAUAAAAAAGGGGGGUUAGGUUGAAAGGACUGACUUGUGCGCAUGCGUAUAAUUUCUUCUUAAAUGGUAAUUUGGUCUGCAUAGAUGGUACCAUUUUCGCUACUUGUUACAUGAUAAAUGUUAAUUGAUAAUUGUUACCAUGAUACAUGUUAAAUGAUGCUGCAUAAAUCCACACAAAGUUGGUUAAAUAAUAAAUGUCCGUUAUUACCCUAAGUAUUAAUCAUGCUGUAAAUUGGAAGUGCAUCUCUUAUUACUCUAGAUCCUUAUACCGAGAGCGAUGAAAAAAUGAUCAGUCAAUACAGGCAAGAAAGUAAGUCGAUUUUUUCGUCUUUUCUUUUUCAUUUGAUAUCUUUCAUUUUGUAUAUAUUAUGUAAUAUCCAAUAAAAAUAUUUUUUCAAGUAGGG